AUGUUAACAACAACUGUGAAUCGUUCGCUUACCUGUAAAUCAUUGAAAUUGCCAUCAACCACAGAGAAUAUGCAGAAUAAUUUAAAAUCACUUCAACUUUAUACUAUAUUUAAUAGUUAUAAUUCUAUCAAGGAAUUAUGGUUAGCUCAUGAACUAAUCACUUCAGAGCAUGGAAAUAUGAGAGAUGAAGAAACUGGGAAUACGUUGCUACAUUAUUUAAUUUUAUCGAUACCUAAGUUUGCUAAACAAUUUGAUGAUUGUAGUAUGAUAAAUGGAAAUCAAUUAUAUCCAGAAUGGGCUUCACCUAUUGUUGGAUUAGUAUAUCGUCUUGUUGUAUGUGGUCGCUGCUCAGUUAAUGCACAAAAUAAUAUGGGAAAUACAGUGUUGCAUUUAAUAUGUCUUUUACCGUAUACCGAAUUCUUGGCAAUACAUUUAAUUCGUUUAGGUGCUGAUCCAGAAAUUAAAAAUAAUUCUGGACUACAUGUAUUUUAUCAUUAUGAAGAACAAAGAGCAUGGUUGGUAAAAAAUUUACCUGGUCUUAACUGUGGUAUAUGGAAUGCAAUAAAACGAGAAGAUAUGAUUAAAAUGGAUUAUUAUUUAUCAUGUUGGUGUCGAACAAUAGCAAACCAAUCAAAUGGGAAAAGUUUAUUCGAGUGUUCAAUGUCCACUGGGAAUUAUGAAUUAGUUAAACAUAUAGACCAAGCACGUAAUACCAAUGAAUUAAUUGCAGCUGCAAUGGCGUUAGACUUAAAUUAUAUGGAAAAUCUUUUAUCAAUUAAAUUUGAGUCAGUAGAACAAAGGAAAAUGGCUUUCGUAAAUUCACCAUUUUAUUUACAAGUUAAGACCGCGAAAACAAUUGCUGAUUUAAACAAAGCAUGGAAAUUAAUUGAGUAUUCAUCAUUCCAGUCAAAUCUAAGAAGGCAUACAGAUCAAGCAACUUAUUUACACUACUUAGUUGAACGUUAUAAAAGUUUAAAACAUCAACCUCAUUUACAAUGUGGUUUAAUUCGUCUUAUGGCAAAACUAGUCAUAGCUGGUGCCGAUCUACAAGCACGUGAUAAAUUUGGAAAUACUGCUUUACUUUAUGCCGCAAAAUCGAAUACUUUUCCAGAUAGAGAUACUAACUCAAUACAAGCUGACGAAUCAAUACCUAAUCAGAUUGACAAAGAAGUUGAAAGAGAAGAUAAAGUUGAAGAUCGGGUGGUGUUGGACACAGUUGGGAAAAUUGUUGAGGAAACUAUUGAAACUGUCGAUAUAAAUGAAUCGUUAUAUAAUUCAACUAUCAAUGAUGAUGUAAAACAUUUGGUCAUGGAUGAAGACCGUAAUGAAAUGGGUUCAAGUAAAAAGACAUUAUUGUCCAUAUCUGUUUCAGAUCAUUCAAAUAUGUCAGUAAAAAAUGAAUUAUUUCAUCCAUGUAUGAUGAAUGUACCGGAUUUUAGUGAUCAACGUUUGAUUUCUAUUUUAAUUCAGUUAGGUUCAGAUUGCUCCAUUCCAUGUAAAAAUGGUUAUUCUGUAUAUAAUGAAAAUUAUAUUCCCAAAGGUGCAUAUACAAUUAAACGAAAUAUUCAAUCAAGUUUAUUAAAAAUUAGUAUAAAACGUUCUAAAGGAUUGAUAGAUCAUCCGGGAAUUUGGCCAAUUGUUGAUAGAUUAAUCUAUAGUGUACAAUAUCAUAAAUCCAAUGAUAUUAUUAACUAUUUCUGUACAGAAUUAGAGAAUACAAUUAAAGAUAAUUUAAUUUGGUUAAAAGCUAAACGAUCAGGGCUAACUGUUAUAGAAUGGAUUAACUCAUUAUGGACUCAUGAUCGAUGCAAUCAAUGGAUAGAAGGAAUACGUGAAAAAUUAACAAAUCUAUUACAGUAUUAUGCUAGUUUAACUGAUUUUGUGAUUUAUUCUAUGGCUGGUGAUAUUCAGAAAUUGAAACAAUGUUUAGCUAUGGGUAAAGGUCAAUUGAAAGCUCAACUUCACAUGCAAAAGUUUCUAGUUGGUAUUAAUAAUAAUGGAAGAGCAAAUUUUAUAACACGUCCAUUACUUGUUAGUAUAAUGGAAUAUUCUACGGCAGAAGUGUUACAACUUAUGAUUCAUUCUGGAGCAAAUUUAAGUGAAUACUAUUUAGAAAAAGAGCCGUUUGGUCCGGUUGCAUUUUGGAGUUUUAGAAACCUUGUCAGUCUUCAACAUACUUACGAAGUAAUCAAAGAAGUACCAGUUCAUUUAAGAGAUUCAAAUGGAUCGUCUUUAUUUCAUUACGCAACAAAUCUUUUUCGUACAAUACAUCCUAAAGAUGUAAAUGGAUAUCGAUGGGCAAGUUUAAUUUUAGCUACAAUAUUGAAACGAGGUGUGAAAAUUUAUCACAGAGAUAUUUGGCAACGUACUGCACGAGAUAUUUUGAAUAGAUCAAUAUAUGAAUUAAUGGACAAUAACAAUGUUCAUUGUGAAACUGGAGAAAAUUUCAGACCAUUCGAAGAAGAGUCACCAGAUCCUUUCGAACUUCAUGAUAUUAUCAAUCCAGAAACUGGGAAUUUAUUGACUGCUGAACAGUUAAUUGAUCGCCAUGUAGCUUUUCUAGCUUCUGGCAAUCACUUACAAUCUAUGGAAGAAUUAAUUCUGUAUGGAUAUAAUUAUAUACAUUUAGCUAAUUCUGGACCUGUACGCUUUAAAUCUGCUAGAUUAUUGGCUGAACAAAAAGGACAUCAUGAAAUGAUAUUUUUAUUAGAUACUGUUGAUCAAUAUCGAACAGAAAUGAUGGAAGUUCACAAGACGAUUAUAACCGGCGAUUAUCAUCAAUUUUUACGUCUGGUUAAUAACAAAAGAGUUAUUAUGGGUCGUGACUGGAGAGAACGUUCUCUACUACACCUUGCAGUACUUUAUCGUAGAACAGAUUUUGUUCUUCAGUUAAUUGAACUGUGUCAAGAACUUGUCAAUUAUCAAGAUUGUCUUGGACGUACCCCAUUCCAUUAUGCAAUCUGUUUACCUGACAACCGAAGAUUGUUCUUAAAAAUGGUUUCGAAAUCUGGAGGUAUUGAUAAACAAAUCAAAGAUCUGCGAAAUAUUUCAAUUCAUCAAUAUGGUGAGUUGUAUGACCGAAAAAUUCCUGAAUAUCAAAAUCUGAUUAAUACAGAAAAAUCAAUCAAAUUACUUGAAUCAAAUUGGCCUGAUCAAACAAUUUAUUCAUUGUUGCCUAAGAUACCAAAUGAUAAUGAUGAAUUCUCAAUAAAAGAAGAAGAUGAAUCGGAUAAUAAACAAUCAAUUGUAGAAGUAAUUAAUAAUAUAAACAGAAAUACUGAAAAUUGUUUAAUAUUUCCAAUUCCUGGUGCAUUCAAUACAUUUGAAGUCAAAAGAAAUAAAUCAGUAUUUAAUUGGAAACAACGGAUGUAA